AUGAAUUACGACUGGAUCCUGGAUGGAGGCUACCUCCCCCAUGUUGUCAUUCGAACCGGCAUAAGACGUCUGCUCAGGGACCGCCUGACCUCGAUCCAGGCACAGUCCACCACGGAAGCCACGCAGGACAAGCUGAACUACGUCAAGAAGCUGAAGACGCUACCGAUUGCGAUUGCCACCGAUACCGCCAACGAGCAGCAUUACGAGGUUGGCACCGGUGUGCUGGCUGCCUGCCUCGGUCCCCGCAUGAAGUACUCUUGCUGCCGCUACCCGACCGGCAAGGAAACGCUUGCGGAAGCCGAGGUCGCGAUGCUGGACGAAUACCUGGUCAAGGCACAACUGAAAGAUGGAAUGCGCAUUCUAGACCUCGGAUGCGGAUGGGGCUCGGCCUCGCUGUACUUUGCCGAAAAGCUCCCCUCGGCCCAGAUCACCGCCUUUUCCAACUCCAAGACGCAAAAGCAACACAUUGACGCCGAAGCCAAACGCAAAGGCCUCGGCAAUCUCGAGGUUGUGACUGGCGACGUUGUCGACUACGAGUUCGAGCCGGAGCACUUUGACCGCGUCGUCUCCAUCGAGCUGUUUGAGCAUAUGAAAAACUAUCAGCUUCUGAUGCGAAAGGUGGCGCGCGCGCUGAAGCCCGGCGGCAAGCUGUUUGUGCACAUUUUCGCGCACGCUACCACGCCGUACGAUUUUGAGGAUGGUUGGAUGGCGACGCAUUUCUUCACUGGCGGCACCAUGCCCUCUUCGGACCUGUUGCUUUACUUUCAGGAAGACUUGGCUCUCCAGGACCAGUGGUGGAUCAAUGGCGCGCACUACUCCAAGACGUGCGAGGACUGGCUCUCCCUCAUGAUCAAUAACAAAAAGCAAAUAUGGCCGCAUUUGAUUGAGACGUAUGGGGAAAAGGAUGCGGCAACUUGGUUCAACAGAUGGCAGAUUUUUUACUUGGCCUGCUCGGAACUGUUUGCGUAUGCGGGAGGUGAUGUCUGGGGAGUGUCGCAUUACUUGUUUGAGAAGAGCAACGUGUAA